UCUCCUGUGCUGUGUGCUGGCGGUCUCUAGCUGCUGCUGCCGUCUCUCCCAAUCAUUGCUCCUUCAAUGACUCGCACAGACUCGAACUACUUCAGUAACCUCUUCCUAGAACGGCGGCACACACAGAUCUUCAUGCAGUUAAUGUGAUUAACCAGGAAACAGGAUCUCCUUCCUGACUCACAAAAGUUGAAGUCUGCACAUUAACGGAGUGCGUGGGAGCAUCAUGUGGAGGAAGGCUUCCGUAGCGGCCCUGCUGGCGUUGGCCGUCGGCUAUUUGUACCAUGGCAGUCCCGAGCUGCCGGAGCAGAUUCUGCAGUACAUCAGCCUGCCAAACUUUCCGCAGUCUUCACAGGGCGGCCAGAGCAGACAGAGGAGCCUAGAGGAGGUGAUCUCGGCCGCCUGGGAGACUCUGAUCACUCUACCCAGCCGGCAGUGGAGCAAAGUGGCAGUAGGGGUGAAUGCCUGUGUGGACGUGGUGGUCUCAGGAGUGGGUCUCCUACAGGCCUUGGCGGUGGACCCUGGUGCUGGACAGGAUCAUGAAGUGUUGCACUCCAAAGAGGACUUAAAGGAAGCGUUCAUCCAUUACAUGGAGCGAGGAGCAGCAGCUGAGCGCUUCUUUAGCGACAAGGAGGCGUUUCAGAGGAUCGCACGUGCAGCAGCAGAGUAUCCCGGUGCAAAGCUGUAUGUCGGAGGAAACGCUGCUCUGAUCGGUCAAAAGCUCGCCACCUAUCCUGAUCUGAUGGUUUUGUUAUGCGGACCAGUUGGUCCUAAACUUCACGAGAUGCUGGAUGAUCAGAUCGUCGUUCCCCCAGAAUCUCUCCAAGAGACAGAUGAAUAUCACCUCAUCCUGGAGUAUAAAGCAGGGGAAAACUGGGGUUCAGUUAAGGCUCCUCAAGCCAACCGCUUCAUCUUCUCUCACGAUGUGUCUAAUGGGGGGAUGAGCUCGCUGGAGACAUUUGUGGCGAGUUUGGAGGAGUUUGAACCUGACCUGGUUGUCCUGUCUGGGCUCCACAUGAUGGAGGGUCAGGGCAGAGAGCUGUGGGAGGAGCGGCUGAAGGAGGCUGUGUCGGCCAUAUCUGACAUCCGUAGAGAUAUUCCCAUCCACCUGGAGCUGGCGAGCAUGACUGACAAAGACUACAUGAACAGCAUCAUGCAGGAGCAGGUUAUGCCCAUUGUCAGCUCCAUCGGGCUGAAUGAGCAGGAGCUGCUCUUUCUCUCUCAGGCCGGUGAGGGGCCUCAUGCUGGCUUGACCACCUGGAAGGGUGUCCCAGACGUGGGUCGGGUCAGCGACAUCCUCCUCUGGAUCCUGGAGCAGCACGGCCGCAGCGACCCACUUUCUGAAGCCGACCUGACUCGUAUUCACUUCCACACGCUGGCCUACCAUAUCCUGGCUACAGUGGACGGGCACUGGGGGAACCAGGCAGCUGCGGUGAUGGCCGGAGCGCGAGUGGCGAGCAGUCAGGCGUGUGGGCUCCAGUCUGUGGACGUUAGCAAAGUGGAGCUGAAAGCACCGCUGGAGUUUUACAGUUCACACACUGAGCCGCGAGAGAAGCUGAUGAUAAACCCAGCGCAGCCGGUGACUGUGUGGCGCAGAGGAAACGUCACCUUCCACAUGACACCGGUGCUGGUCUGCAAACAGCCUCUAAGGACAGUUGGGCUCGGGGACGCCAUCUCGGCAGAGGGACUAGUUUACUCUGAGCAAAGGAGCCAGCAGCCGUUGUAAGGUUUUUUUGAAUCUGACACUCCGUUUGUCUGGAAAAAAAGAUGAUGAGGUGCGCUGAAAAGACCCAGUUAAGUCUCAUCUGCUGCUGUGGUUGUCAGAUUUUGUUCAGACCUGCGUGUCUGAAACAGGUUUUGUGUCUUUCCUUCCUGAAGCUCCACUGAGUUUAAGAAUGUGACUAAUGGUAAUAGUUUUAAAAUCCUGCCUGAUGAGUCCUCACGCCGGCUCAGCUCUCCUCUGGUCCCCCAGCAGGCAGAAUCCGAGGCAGAGCGUCUCACACGUGGAUCUGACCGAACUGUGAGGCGGAUUGACUCUAUGCACUGAGCGCAGCUCAAAGUCGCCUUCACAAACUCCAAAGAGUUUUGUUGGCUCCCCUUCUUUAUUUCACUCGCAUACCUUUAGUAUGCUGUGCCUUGAGAUGAAAUAUAGUCAUAGUUAAACAUUAUAUUCAUACUUUAGAGCCAAACAAACUUAAAGUCAAACAUCACAUCAGUUACACCUCUGCCUCUAUAGAUUCACACUCAUAACAACAUCUGUGUUGUCUGGAAACUGAUGACGUCUUACUAUAGUAUAGGAGCUAAGUGAUUUACUUGAUGUUCUUUGUUUCUGGUGCAUUCAUGUCAAAUAGUCGCUAGAUCACUUGAAACGUGUCUUAACGUGUAAUAAUGGUUCUAUCUAGGUAUACUUGACCUUUCUCUUUAUUGUCCUGUAAGGACAAAACAAUAGAGAGUAACAAAGUUUGUGUCUUCUCAGUUUAUAACACUGACUGUAUAUUAAUAUGGACAACAUGGCUCUGUCUCCCUGUGUUGAGUAAAGUGAGGCCAAAAAACUUACGAUGGGCACUGAUGUAUUGAGCUGAUCUGACAUAAUUUGGAGCCAAAACAUGAGCUAAUAGGAGCUGGUGGAAUUGAUGCCACAGACUUUCCUAAUGGAGGAAAUCCUUUUACUCACCAUUAAAUGUCAAAGAUCCCUUUGUUCUUUCACGUUUAUGGAAAGUUAAAUAACUGUACUGUUCAAUUUUAUGACUUUUUUUCUCGCUUUUCUUCCUCUACUCUGCUAAUCAAAGUAAGAGUGCUGCAAGCAUCAACUUUAUCUACAGAGCUAUUGAUCAUUUACAUAGAGCUCACCAGUGUCAGCCCUCUUUUUCAGCAGCUCUUGUUCCAGAAAUACUUUUCUCUAUUCAAACCCUCCAUAAACAUUUAACAGAAUCCUUACAUCAACAUUUUUAAUCAUGCCAACCUGAGUACCUGAGUUCUCAUGACUAUGAAACAUUCUAUUCAGUGUUAAAACAGAUAAAAAGGCAAAGGUAUCUCGAGUUUAUGUUGUUAAUGGUAAUGUUGAUGGUCAAUCUACCUUCCUUGGUUUUGACAUUAUGGCCAGUGAUCGAAUCUGCUAUGGAGAAAAUGAAUGCAAAUUUUGUCUCUUAACUACACUGUUGAGCUCUAUAACUAAUUAAAACUAUUUAAAUGAAAAAUAUUUAGAAAGUGAACUCUAGGACUUAAAUCAACAUGAUAUUAAAUAACCAUCCUGAUUUGAGAAUGAGAUGGCUUUGUAAAAUAAUUUGACCUUCUAGUUUGACCUAUGGCCCAUCUGUUAACAUGAAGGAGCUUAUGUUCAUGACAUGUCGGUCAGCAGUGGGAUCUUCACAUCUUUUGGCUUGACCCACAGGCAGCUGUUGCUACGUCCACCUUAAUAUACAGUCUUUUUGUGUGUCUGAACACUCCCAUGUUGAAGAAGAUAAAGUCUGCAAGCUCUUCUCCUACUCAAACGUUCGUCUAUAUGAAAUUUAACUUCUUGUUUGCUCCACCUUCUGAAUUCCUGAUAAAAACAGGAUAUUAUGUUUAUAAAUGCAAUGUUUAUUUUUGAAGGGGAUCCUCUUAAUGCAGUAAAGCUAAGAUUACAAUCAGAUGCUGUUUAACCUGAAAGGCUCUGCUGGUGUUUUAAUCAAAAAUGACAUUUCUAAACAAGUUUAGGUCAUUAUCAGGGUUACUGUACUGUUCCUUUUGCUUUUUUUUAUCAUUUUGUUGCUGAAUCAAUUUUUUGUAUCCCCUUGCUUGUUGCAGUUGCUAAUAUCAUGAUUGGCUUGAAAACUAGCCAAGUCAAACUCCUUGAUUUAUAUUCUUACAUUUUUUGGUAAAUUAUCCUUUUUUAUGGGUUUUUGUCAUAUUUGUUGUUUCUCUUACCUUCUUUGGGAGCACCUGCAUCAUGUCAGAUGUACAGUAUGUAACUGUAAGAACAGUGUAUUUGUAUACCUCACAUGGCCCCUGAAGGCAUGCAAUAAUAAUGAGUCUUAAUGCAAACAUACAACCGAAAGAUGUAUGGCAUUUAGUCUAGCAGAAUUAUUUCUUUGCACUAGUAGGAAGUGGCAGGUGAGCCUGCAAAGGUGAAUGUAACCUUAACUCCAAACCCCUUUUAUGUUUUAGCAAGUACAAUCUUCUCACCUUUCUCCAUUUCAUAGUUUUUGUCUGUGUCUUUAACAUCUCU